AUGGGUGGUGAUCUCUCUGAUUCGUCACCACUGAUGAAUCCUCCGAUUAACGAACCGUUGGAGAUCGACCUCGAAGCGGGGCCUGGGGAGCAAAUUCAAUGCCGAAUUUGCCUUGAAACUGACGGUAGGGAUUUUAUUUCACCUUGCAAGUGCAAAGGGACGUCAAAGUACGUUCAUCGAGAAUGUCUGGAUCAUUGGCGUGCUGUGAGGGAAGGGUUUGCAUUUGCUCAUUGCACGACUUGCAAGGCUCCUUAUCAUUUGAGAGUCCAUGUCGUUGCUGAUAGGAAAUGGAGAACUUUGAAGUUUCGAUUUUUUGUGACGAGAGAUAUUUUAUUCAUCUUUCUUGCUGUUCAGUUGGUUAUUUCUUCACUGGCAUAUAUGGUGUAUCUUAUUGAUGGCUACCAGAAAUUUUGGCUUCGUCUGGCCUGGGGUUUCGACAGUGGAAUAAGUUUCUACUACAUAUGUGGAGCACUGAUGUUUUUCGCAUUACUGGGCUUAUCUGGGUGCUUCAUCACGUGUUAUGACAGAAGAAUGCGCAAUGAUUUGGCUCAGCCAUGUCGAGAAUUGUGUCUUUGUUGCUGCCACCCUGGAAUGUGUGCUGAUUGCCAUUUGCCUGGCACUCUUUGUAUGUGGACUGAUUGUACCACGUGCUUUGAAAGUUGUGCUAGUGCAGCUGGUGAAUGUGGUUGCCUGGGAGGUGCUGGCGAAGCUGGGUUGCCUCUAUUAUUCAUAAUGGCUUUAAUUGUGUUGGGACUAUUUACUGUAAUCGGUAUAUUCUACAGCGUUUUGGUGGCAACCAUGGUUGGACAAAGGAUUUGGCAGCGGCACUACCACAUACUAGCAAAACGAAUGCUAACAAAAGAAUAUGUCGUGGAGGAUGUUGACGAUGAGAUGACUGGAUCUGAUUGGUGUCCCCCGCCCCUUCCCCCGGAGCAUGUUCAGCAGCUGAAAACACUUGGGCUUCUAUAA